UUAUUUAUUUUUAUAACCUAAUCUUUAUUUAUUUGUCGAAAUAUUCAUAGGUUGAAAUAAUUAGUUUUACAUUCAUUCAUGUAUUUUUUAAUGUAGACAAUGUGCAUUCGUCCACAAUUUAGAUUUACGAGAUCUAUAUUUGUAAAUUGAAGUCCGGUGAAAAUGCUGCAGUGUAGUUUGUUCCGCCGCUUCUUCUACACAUGCCCUUUGGAAACGGUAGUAGUUAUACCUAAUUAGAUUUAAGUGAUGUGACGUCAAUAAGUGAUACCUUGUGGAUUUUGAAAAUAAAUCUAUUCUAUUGGAUCACUUGUGAUCAUAUCACGGAAGGUCUCUAAGCAAUUCAGUUGCCUGAUGUGUAGGUUUCACAUUUUUUACAUAUUUAAAAAUAUAUAUCUAAUCAUGUCUAUAUCCCUUGCGGUAUAGACAAAGCCAACAGUCUUAAAACACUGAUACAUUCAGCUGUAUGCCUUAAUAAUGGUAUUGAGAUUUUAAUUGUGACAGGUUGUUAGUCCGCAUCGCCUUCAAUUUAUUUAAGAAUUACGACUUAGUCGCCUUUUACGACAUCCAUAGGAAAGAUAAAGUGGUCCUAUUCUAAAGUACUUACUGGAAAUCAAACGGAACUUCUGAACUUUUUAAUCUUUCCUGUCCCGUUUUUGCAGGAAACUAUAAAAUAGGUACGUGAGAUUGGUGACCUCUAGAUUUAAUUGGAACUUUAUCUCAAAACGCCAUUUCCUUAUUUGUGAGAUUAAAUAAUAACAAAAUUUGUUGCGUGUUGUCUGAGAAUGUGUUCAACAGUUAUAUAUCUGCCUAUAAAAGUAAUAGGUAAGUAGUAAAAAUAUUGAAACGUGCCCUUAAGUCUUUUCAAGACUGUUGGCCCUGUCUACCCCGCAAGGGAUAUAGUCGUAUGUAAAUAUUGAAACUAAGUACUCAUUUAAUAGAAAAUACAAAGAAAAUAAAAGAAGUCAAUUUGACAAUAACAUAGGUAAUUCAUGCAAUUUUGUGACGUUUCGAUAAUUUUAUAAUUUAAUUUUUGUUUAAUUACAACUCUACCAAAAAAGUAACAUGGAAACUACCACCCAAUACAAUACACCUUGGUGGACCAACUUACUAAGUACAAUUUACGCUGCAGGAAAAUCUAGGGAAUGUCCAUCAAAAGCAUCCAUUAGGGCAGAUGCUCCACGGGGGAAACAAGGGGCAGGGGACGCGCCUCCGCCGGGGUCCCAAUUGGAACCCUGUGUUUGCCGUCCAAAAGAAUCGAAAGUUACGGCCUCUGAUCGAGGAAAAACGGGAGCCGGCGUUACAGGGUCGCGUAAGGGGCCUUGUUCUGAAAGAGAUCCAGAUGAGCUUCCUGCUGGAGCAACUAACCCUGGUCUCUUACGCUAUAUUCACAACGCUGCCCGCUACCGCCUGCCGCAGUGCUUCGAGGGUGGAAGUGUGUCCGUGAAACAAAGCUCUCAGAGCAACUGGAUUCUAGGACACUCGCUAUCGUUUAGUUCUGUGUCUCCUGGUGGCUAUAAGCUAUUAUUGUCUUACGUGGAUAAAUCAAAACCUUCAGGUCUUCCAUACUUUGUGAUGGAAGCGGCCCCCGGAGGACAAAUGAGUUGCGAAAUGCGAGUCGGACCUUCGCAAGGAACGAGGGCGACUGUAGUAGCGCAAAUCGCUGAUGCUGAGUUCUACAGUUUUGAAAGCAUUUUCGAUGCAUACUUCAAUAGUUUUACGGCUUCUAUUAUUGCGGUCAAUCGUGAAUUUAUAGCAAUGCAUUAUUUACAGGCUAUCACGGAGCAGAUAUCAUUAGGAGCCGAGAUAGUGGCGCGGGGGCAGGCCACGGAACUAAGCUCUGCAUCUGGCGCCGGUCGAUGGGUCAGUGACGAGCAUUCCAUCAGCGCCACCCUCGGCAAUAGGGGCUUAGACCUGUGCUACGCGAGGGUUAUCACUCCAUAUCUCACCGUGGCUGGUAUGCUUGAGGUUGGAUUCGCAAUACGCAGAGCAGUAGCCACUCUGGCUUACGAAUGGCGCAGUGAGGACUGGACGGUGCGCGGGUCUGCCGACUCCGACGGGCUGGUGGGGGCCACGCUGGAGCGCGCGCUGGGCGGCAAGCACGCUGAUCUGGCCUGCGCCAUCUCCGCGUUGCUCAACCACCCCAACGACAAAUUCAGGCUCGGCUUUGGGAUUACCGCCGCUAUUGUCUAGUUCCACACUCUCAUAUUUUGAUCAAUAACCCACCAAUUACUCUUAUGUUUCAUAUGAAUUUUCUUCGUUUUCAGAUAAGUUAGGUAAUCUUAGAGUUAUCCUUAUAGAUACUUAUAUCCCAAUUUUAAUAUUAGAUUAUUUUAUAAUUUUAAUACGAAUAUUAUAUAGGAGUGUUUACAAUUAUGUCUUACGUUUACGAUUAAAUAAAAUUUGCACUUA